AUGUCGCCCAACCCAUACCUCCUAGCCGCCGACAAUCCGACAGCGCUUAUCUCGCUCCUGCGCGAGAACCCCUCCCUGGCUCCAUGUCAGGAUGAGCACGGCUACUCACUACUGCACGCGGCUGCCAGCUAUAACCAUCUCGAUCUCCUCCGGUCUCUAAUCCGCGAGUUCAAAGUCCCUGUCGACAUCAAGGACGAGGACGGGGAGACGGCGCUAUUUGUGGUCGAAACCGUCGACGCCGCCCGCAUAUUGGUGGAAGAACUGGGGUUGGAUGCCAAGCUGCAAAACAGCGAAGGCCAGACAGCGAGGGAAAAGAUUGAAGGGGAAGCCGAGUGGCCGGCCGUCGCCGAAUAUCUCCAGAGCCUAGAGACGGGAUCUUCGAGUGCUAACGCCGCCCGGAACGGUUCAGACAUUGGGCUGCCGCCCGUUCCCGAAGGAUUGGAGGUGCGAAUGGGGACAAUGGAUGCGGAGGAGGCGGAAGAGCAGCAACCAGACCCUGAAUUCCGGAGGAGGAUAGAAGAGCUAGCUGCGCGAGAAGACUUUCAGACACCCGAGGGCCAAGCGGAGUUGCGGCGCUUGGUAGAGGAAGCUAUCAGUGGACAGGGGUUUGGUGAUGAGAGGAGUGUUCGGCCGAGGAGCGAUUGA